AUGCCGGCCAAGUAUGGAUCACCUACAGUGGGCAGAGACGUCGAUACCCAAUGGGUCCAAUGGCUCGCCAGACGCAAAACCCCAAUUGCUUCACCACCAUCUUCGUCGACCCCGGUGCCAAUGCCAUCAGCCACCCUUUAUGACUCGGGUCCUCUGCACUCCCGCAGUACCGCCACCAGCUACUUUGCUCUACUCUCCGCUGCCCAAGGCCAGCAGCAACCACGUCGCCAGGGCAGGCCGCAGACACCGUCUCCAUCAAUGGACUCCUCCUGGGGGACCUGGCUCUUCGACCGGGGGCCACGAGGAUCCAAGCGGCCAACAAGUGCAGGAGUCAAUCCGCAGAUGCAAACCACUUCAAUCGAACCGCAAUUAACAUCCACGGCUCCCGCAUUCGCGGUCUCAAGCCUUGACUCCCUCCACUUCCUUUGA